UCGUGUCCAUUGACGCUGCUGGCGCUCUUCACAUUUCACUUUGGCUGUAGUUGGUCAGUUGGAGAUCUUCUAAAAUAAAUCGGCCUUUAAAUGUCUGGUCUGUGUGCAUCACUAGUAAAACUACCAAGUAGGAUUCCAUCCCUGGUUAGUUUCACAUCAAUCCUCUUUCAAAUUCAGCCAAUCAGCUCUCUCCUCACAAACCAUCAACCAAUCAGAAAUCACCGUACAUCAAGUCCUACUUAUGUACAGCAGAAUCCUGCCUCAGGUGUUUGUAGUGGAUUUAAUUGUAGGAGGGAGGAAGGUCAGUCUGGAAACCGUCCAAUCAGAUCAAGAAGGAAUUUGAAUCACCCAAUCAGCAAUCAGUACAUGUGCGGUAAUUCCUAUUCAAGCAUGGCAGCACCAACUAUAGCCCCUUCAGCUAAACACACAGCUACGGUUAUCUUUCUGCAUGGACUUGGUGAUACAGGGCAUGGAUGGUGUCAGGGCUUUGAAGAGAUUAAAGAGCCACAUAUCAAAUACAUAUUUCCUAAUGCACCAAAUGCGAAAGUGACACUAAACUUUGGUAUGGUUAUGCCAUCAUGGUUUGAUAUCUACUCAUUAACAGCUGAUGGUCAAGAAGAUACAGAAGGAAUCAAAAAGGCAUCUAAAAAUUUAUUAAGUCUGGUAGAAGAAGAGGAAAAACAAGGUAUAACAGCAGAUAGAAUCAUCAUUGGAGGCUUCUCACAAGGUGGAGGUGUGUCACUCUACACAGCUAUCACAGAUCAUAGACCAUAUGCAGGAGUAUUAGCACUCAGUACAUGGAUGCCUCUACAUAAUACAUUUAAAACAGAGGGAGUGAAUAAAAGAUCUCUUCCCGUAAUACAAUGCCAUGGAACCGCUGAUGCCGUUCUUUCUUUCAAACUUGGCGAGAUGACACAUAAGUUCUUAAAGACCCAGGUCAACGAUCCACGUUUCCAUAAAUUGUCUGGUAUUGGGCAUAGUUCAAGUAUGGAGGAGAUGAACCUUGUGCGUGAUUUCAUACAAAAGACCCUUCCGUAGUAUUUUCACCCAGCCAGAUAGCAUUCAACCUAUCUUUGAAUUAUUCUUCAUUGCAAAUUAUUUCAUACCUAAUCACCACUUCACAAUGGAAA